AUGGGAAGAAAGCAAACGAUUAGAAAUCAAAUUGAACAAGACAUUCAGCUUCAGGAAGGACAGAAAUAUGCAAAAUCGUUAGGACCAAGAGGAAAUCACCAGCAUGAAGUUGAAUUUACUGAUGGAACAAGGAAGCUUGUGACACUGCCUCCUCGCUUUCGUAACCUCGUUUGGCUAAAGAGAGGUCAUUUUGUUAUUGUUGAUCCUACUGCUGGUACAGUAUCCGAAAAAGUGGGUGGUGAGAUCGUCCAUGUGUUAUAUCCUAAAGAUAUAAAGGAAUUAAAGGCAAAAGGAGAAUGGCCAGAAGAAUUUACAGAUAAAAAGGCACAAGACGAAGAAGAAGAAGAAGAAGAAAAGAGACAAGACAGUGAUGAUGAUGAUGAUUUAUUUGUAAAUAAUAAUAGACAUGUGAUGUCAGAGACAGAAGAAGAGGAAUCAAGUGAUGAAGAAGAAGAAUAA